UCAGCGUCCCCUAGUAGGCGGGGCGCUUGGCAUUCUCUGUCCGACGGUGCGGCCCGGUGUCUUCCCAGCGGUGUCUCGCAGCGCGGCGGACAUGGGGCGUCGUGACGGGGUUGCCUGGGCCCUGGAGGUGACGGUGCUGGUGGCAUCGGCUUGUUUCGCCGGUGUAUGCGGUGAUGAAUUUAGCGUCUUACGAUCACCUCAGUCAGUUGUUUUUCGAGAUGGAAGUUGGCCCAUUCCUGGCGAGCGGAUCCCAGAUGUAGCUGCACUAUCCAUGGGCUUUUCUGUUGAAGAUGACCUUUCCUGGCCUGGGCUUGCAGUGGGUGAUCUGUUUCACAGACCACGAGCUACUGUGUUGGUAACAGUGAAGGGAGUAGACAAGCUGGCAUUGCCUGUGAAAGGGGUUUCUUACCCUAUUGAGAAUGCUGUUCCUUUCAGUCUUGACAGUGUUGCGAAUGCUAUUCAUACUUUGUUCUCUGAGGAAACUCCUGUGGUCUUGCAGCUGGCCCCCAGUGAGGAAAGAGUGUACAUGGUGGGCAAGGCAAACUCUGUAUUUGAAGAUCUUUCUGUCACACUGCGCCAACUGCGAAACCGCUUAUUCCAGGACAACUCCAUUCUCAGCUCCCUUCCUCUCAACUCCCUCAGCAGAAACAAUGAGGUUGACUUGCUUUUUCUGUCAGAACUACAAGUCCUACAUGAUAUUGCAAGCCUGCUGUCUCGACACAAGCACUUAGCCAAAGAUCACUCUCCUGACCUGUAUUCUCUGGAACUGGCUGGUUUGGAAGAGGUUGGAAAACGAUACGGGGAAGACUCUCAGCAGUUCAAGGAUGCUUCUCAAAUUCUUGUAGACUCUUUGCAAAAGUUUGCAGAUGAGAUGUUUAAUCUGUAUAGCGGGAACGCAGUAGUAGAAGUGGUGGCUGUAAAGGCAUUUAAUUCUCCCCUCACAAGGAAGACUCGUUCCAUUCUCCAGUCUUCACAGAGCGAAACAGAAAAUCCAUAUAACCUUGCCUAUCCAUAUAACUACAACUACUCUGUAAUCUUCAACAUUAUUCUGUGGAUGAUGAUAGGUCUUGCUUUAGCUGUGAUAGUUAUCUCCUACAACCUCUGGAACAUGGAUCCUGGGUAUGACAGCAUUAUUUAUAGGAUGACAAAUCAGAAGAUAAGAAUGGAUUGAACUACACUGUAUUUCAGUGCAAGGAAAUGGUGAAGAGUAAGGUAUCCUUUAAACUGUGUGGGAAAAAAAAAUAUUCUGACAUGGUUAAUUGUGGAAUUUUUUUAAGGUGUAUUUAUUUCUAAGUAUUUUUUUUCCCUCUCAAGCCUAUUUUAAAUGUUAGUAGUAGCACCAGAUGGGAUUUAGAAAUUAAAAUCUGCUUGUUUAAAAAAAAAAAAACAAAACCAAACCAAAACCAAUCCCCAAACUAAUUGUUAUUAAAGUCACAUCAUUCCAUUUUUUUAUCAUGUAACAUGAGUUUUUGAAAUGCCCUGUACUGCCUGUGACUGUGUGCGAAACAGAUAAAUUGAAAUAUUGAUAGCAACAUGUGGUUUGAAACUUUUACACUGGAAGAUUAGAAAAUAUAGCUAAAUUGUUGUGUUGUAUAUUAUGAACCAGUUGUAAAUGUUUGAUGUAAAUAUUUAUAAUGGCUAUAUGUAACUUCAGAGAGGAUAGUUAUUAUUCUUUAGUAAAAUACUAAAUAUAGAAAUAUUUCUACAAGACUACGAUUCUAGUGGCACAAAUGGCAUUUUGAUCUCAAGUUGAUGGCUCAGAUGUUGAGCUGUAGACAGAAGGAUCCUUUACCUAGAACUUUAAUGAUUUGGAUGUAAAUAACACUAGUGUGGCUGGUCUAUACAGUGGAGAGUCUAUAAGUAUUGAAGUAGCACCAGUCUAAUCAUGGUCUAAUGUGACGUACAGUUGAAAGUUCCUAUUAUGAUGCUUCAUAUUCUUUCCAUUUGUGUUGACGUUAUUUAAAAAAAAAAUCAGUUCUUUUUGAUGAUAAGAGUGGACCAACACUUGAUUUAAAUAUACCUGGAUUAUAGUCCUGCUUCAACCAUUCAAUAAAACAAAGAACAGUUGUUCCUGAA